GAUGUCCUCCCCCGAGGAGACCCUCCUGCUGCUGGAGCACCGCUACGUCUGCUCCGAGUGCUCCCACCUCUCCCCCUCCCUGGAGGAGGCCCUGCUGCCCCACCAGCACCACCUGCAGCCCCCCGCCGCCGGCCCCCAGACCCAAUUCCCCGCCCCGCCCCCUGCCCACCCCCACCUGGAGCUGCUGGGGGUCCCGGCCGAGCUGGAGCCCCCCAGCCAAUUCCAGUGCCUGGAGUGCGGCGCGCUGCUCCUGACGCCGGGCCAGCUCCUGGAGCACCAAGAGCUGCACCUCAAGCUGCUGGCGGAGCCCCCGAGACCCUCCCCAAAUUCCGCCAUCCACUUCGAGUGCCCCGAGUGCCGGGCGCUCUUCCAGAGCCAGGAGCUGUGGCUGGCUCACCGCCAGAGCCACCGAAACGCCCCGAACCCUCCCCAAAACCCCACCAGGGUGGAUCUGGAGCAUUCCUACCGCAAGCACGGCGCCGACGGCGCCGCGGAGCCGCCGGCCGACGCCGAGAGCUCCGUGCAGCUCCUCCUCUACGAGUGCGGCGAGUGCCUGCAGCUCUUCCAAACGCCCAAAGAUUUUUUGGAGCACCAAUCCGCGCACUUGGCGCCGCCGGCGCCGCCGCCGGAGCCGCGCUGCCAGCACUGCCGCGAGCUGCUGCCGUCGGCGCGGCUGCUGCGCCGCCACCUGCGCUGCCACGCCCUGGGCGCCUUCCAGUGCCCGCUGUGCCCGCGGGUGCUGCCGGACCCGGCCGAGCUGCGCCGGCACCGCGCCGGCCACGCCGGCGACUCGCUCUUCCUGUGCCUGGACUGCGGCUCGGCGCUGGACACCGAGGCGGCGCUGCUGGCGCACCGCCGCGGCCACGGCGUGGCCGAGCCGCUGCACCGCUGCGCUUGCGGCAAAACCUUCGCCAGCAUGACCAAGUUCCUCUACCACCGCCGCUCCCACGCGGCGCCGGGCUCAAUCCCGGCGCCGGAGCCGCUUUUGGAGCAGCCGGAGGUGAGUUUGGCUUGCGGAACGUGCCAGAAGGCGUUCCCCAGCGCGGCGGCGCUGGCGCGGCACCAGCGCUUCGUGCACCGGCUGGAGCGGCGGCACCGCUGCGGCGCCUGCGGCAAGAGCUUCAAGAAGUCGUCGCACCUGCGCAACCACGCCCGGACGCACACCGGCGAGCGGCCCUUCCCCUGCGGCGAGUGCGGCCGGCGCUUCAGCUCCCGCGCCAACCUGCUGCGGCACCGGCUGACGCACACCGGCGAGCGGCCGCACCAGUGCCCCGAGUGCGGCAAGCGCUUCGCCCAGAACUCCACGCUGCGGCAGCACCUGCAGCUGCACCUGCGGCGCUUCCCGCACCGCUGCGGCGACUGCGGGCUGCGCUUCCGCCGGCCGCACCGGCUGCUGCUGCACCGCGCCCACCACAGCGGCGAGUACCCCUACAAGUGCCCGCAGUGCGGCUGCACCUUCCUGCUGCGGCGUCUGCUCGACGUCCACCUGCUCGGCCACGCCGGCAAGGAGCCGGCCAGGUGCCAGGGC